GAACUAAUCUUUGUAUGCUUAUUUUCGUGCAGGAUGUACGACUGACUGAGAACUCUGCAGCAAGUCCCCUGGUUUGGCUGUGGAGGCCAAGUCAUUGGGUCUUUGAUGAAGCAGCCAGCUGGGUUUUGGAUGCUGACUUGUGGAACUCCAUCAAAGAUGUCCUGGGGAUUGGAUGAUUGAUAUCCAAUAACUACAAUCAUCGACCUCUCUAUGAGAAGAAUCAAAGAAGCAAAGGAGGAGAACGCCUGCAAAAGCAACUCCUUAGUUUUCAUCAUUGGAAUAGCAAGCUUUGCUCUUUGCUUAUUGUGGAUAUUGUGACAGUUUCAAGAAUGAUGGAAUCAGAUCUCUUCAGGAAUGGAUCCAUGACUGGUAACAGCUCCAAUCAAGAGGAUGGACAGAGUCUAUUGAAAGUAGUAUCAAUUUCCAUUAUUACUGCUAUUGUGAGCCUUGUAACGAUAAUAGGUAAUAUUUUAGUCAUUGUUUCAUUCAAAGUGAACAGCCAGCUAAAGACAGUGAAUAACUAUUUCCUGUUAAGUUUGGCCUGUGCUGACCUCAUCAUUGGAAUUUUUUCAAUGAAUCUCUACGCUUCUUAUAUAUUAAUUGGCUCCUGGUUGCUGGGAAAUCUGACGUGCGAUUUGUGGCUUGCAUUGGAUUACGUAGCCAGUAAUGCUUCUGUCAUGAAUUUGCUCCUUAUAAGCUUCGACCGGUAUUUCUCAAUCACACGGCCAUUAACCUAUAGGGCUAAGCGUACUCCCAGAAGGGCUGGUAUCAUGAUUGGACUUGCAUGGUUAAUAUCCUUUAUCUUGUGGGCCCCUGCAAUUUUAUGCUGGCAAUACUUAGUUGGAGAAAGAACGGUUCCUUCGAAUGAAUGUCAGAUACAAUUUUUAUCUGUACCUACUAUUACCUUUGGCACGGCCAUAGCUGCUUUCUACAUCCCUGUGUCAGUGAUGACGAUAUUGUAUUGUCGCAUCUAUAAAGAGACCGAAAGACGCACUAAGGACCUGGCGGAAUUGCAAGCAUCAAACCUCGCCCCUGAAGAUGAGGUAGUUGUUUCCAAAAGGACUCUGUUAGCAUCCUGCUUUGGAUGUGUAGGCCACAAGCUCACACACAGGGAAAGAUUCCAAGUAUCGUGGUCUUCAAACAGAAGCACAACAGUGACUCUAAGAUCCACACACAUACAGAAUGCUACAGAUGAAUGGUUAAAAGGUGGCAACCUAGAUUCUUUUGCAAACUACCCCAUGUCAGAAGACGAUGAAAGGCUCACCCCAAAAUCUGCCUCCUCAGCGUCUCAAGGACAGAAUCAGAUCGAUGAAUACCCUGGAGAGGAUGACACAAAUGUGUCCUCAGAAGAGCCUCCUGCGAUAAAUAAUUAUGAAAAUCAAAAUUAUUUGGUGACCCCUGUGAAAAGACAGAAGGAUAAAAGGUACAUCUCUUACAAAGGUAAUAAAGUAGCUGUCAAAAAUAGCAGCUCCUCAUCCACCUCAGACACAAGUAAUGGUUGCACUGAAAUAAAAGUAACACCCUGCCCAACCACUGAACCAGAAGUUCCAUAUGUUAGAAAUAUGGAUCCAAAUCUCAGACUGCAGAUCACCAAGAGAAAACGGUUGGUUUUGAUUAAAGAAAAAAAGGCAGCACAAACACUUAGCGCGAUUCUACUGGCUUUCAUUAUCACAUGGACACCGUACAAUAUCAUGGUAUUAGUCUCAACGUUCUGCUCAUACUGUAUCCCAACGUCACUGUGGCAUCUGGGAUACUGGCUCUGUUACGUUAACAGCACAGUUAACCCCAUGUGCUAUGCUCUGUGUAACAAAACCUUCCGUACGACUUUCAAAAUGCUGUUACUAUUUCAGUGGAAGCGAAAGUGAAUUGUCUAGCCAGCAGCAAGUUACAUCUUUAAAAUAUGAGAUUAAAGCGGAUAUUACAUAGUUCUUUCAAUGUUCCACCUCUAAUUAUUGACUACUCUUCAAUAACUGUUUAUUUGCAAAAUAUCGGAAUUGAAAUAACAGCCUCGACAGAACUUCUUCCUUAUGAUUAAAGAAACUGAACAGACCAAACGCUAACUGUAAGCACAUGGAAUGAAGUCUAAGAGCUGGCACUGAAUUUUUUUGUGGAAAAUCACAUGACACUGGUCACCAUACCCUUGUUAAUCCUCAAGCUAUCUUGUCACAAUGAUAAACACUUCACUAUUCAAAAAGACUAUUACACCAAACGCAAAUCACAGUGCUUAAGGUUCUGAAUUAUAGGUCAAAUAAUGCCAUAAUGCAUCCCUUGUGCAGAGAAAGGGUUGUUUCAUUUACACUGAGGUGUCUGUUUUUUUUGGUAACUUGUUUUACUACUCUUCCCUUCCUUCCUUCCUUAAAAGCAGUACCUACUGACAGGUGGGGCUUCACAGCACUUGAUAUCCUACAGCUGUAAAUGUGACAGGAUCAGCAGGCCAUUGCAGUACUGGAAGGGGGAAAGGUGUGAAUGCAAGGCUGAUUUAAGCCACCUCACCACCUGUGCAUGUGAAGUCUCUGUUCAACAGAGUUACUGGAUGGUGAUCAGGAAAUGAAGCUCGGAGUGAAUUUUCACUCCCUGAAAUGUUGUAUUACGAAUUAUAAUAAUCGAACGCAUGGCUCAGAGUCGGAGACCUCUUCCCAAAAAUAGAGGGGCUCCAUGUGGCAGUACAGGACCAGGUGGUUAGCACAACAACAAAAUCAAAAAUACUUAACAAGAGGCCAACAAAUUCAGUAUGAUAAAUACAAAAACCAGAAACAGUCCAACCCAUUACAGGAUCCCACAGCAGUUUAACUCAAUCUGACUACUUACACAGGCACAAUGAAGUGGCAAACCUCAUUCAGCAAAAUCUUACUUUAAACUACAAACGCAUAAAAUACACCAUACCUUUAUUUCAUAAAGUGAGACCACAGAGCAACACAACAUGGAAAUACAUCCUUCAGCCUAUAAUAUCUGCACUGACCAUCAAGCACACGUUUACACUAACACUUCACCGAUCCCAUUUUAUUCUUCCAUAUUACCACUAACUCCCUCCAGCUUCCACCGCUUACCUACCCACCAGUGACAAUUUAGUUUCCAAUUAACCUAGGAGCCAUGGUAUCAAAAGGAUAUGCAGAUACAAGGUGUACAUUGAAACUGAACACUGGUCACUGGUCCUGCAAGGCCGUGGCACCACUAUGCCACCUGUUCCACAAGGAACUCAAUUACCUUAAAAAUGCUAGCUUUUAAGUAAAAUGAGAUAUUUAAGAUUCUACUUAGUCCCAAAUUUGAGUUUAGUGUGCAGAACUGUAUGUAUUAUGCUAAAUGGCACUGUCUGUUGAGGAAGCUGCAAGGACGAGUGGUAUAGGGUGUGUAAAAGAUUGCAUUGACACCAAUAGAAUGGUUUCCCAUGUCGGGGCUGUUGUGAUGCAUGAACAUUUUAUAUUUUAAACCUGGUCUGGUCUAUAUAAGAGUUCUGUCAUAUAGAUUAAAAUUACAUCCAAAACUACAAGAAAUUCCAUUUUCCACUUCCAUGAGCACAAAUCAAUUCACCCAAUAAUAAUUAAAAAUGGAAAUGUGCCUAUAGUAUAUUUAGAUAUUAACUGACCAUCCUGCCUGUAAUUUUGUCAAAAUAGUUUUUAAAAUCAAAAUGAAAAUUAAAUGCAGAAAACCUUGUUUUUUUAAUUUUGAGUUUUCUUUUGUUCAAAACAAUGUUGUUACAACCAAGGUCUUUGCUAAAGUAGUGAAUGUUUCGGUGCUUUUCGUUACAGUUAAAAAACAUUUGCAUUGACAAUGCUAUUAUCUUCAAAAGUAUUUUAUCAAUUCUAGUGAACUGUAUAAAGCUUCGGCAUUCAUUCACAUUACUUGCAAAAAGCUUUAUUGAGCAUACUUUCUUGAUGUUAGGUUCCCGAACUGUUUUCUGAAAUUCCAGAGGAAAUGUCCAAUGCAAAAUUUAAUAAUUUUUACUAAUUGAGAGGUAUGUUAUAUACAUGCAUAAAAAAAUCAUCAGAUUUUGGGUUCUUGUGACUAUCUGCCCUUAGCUGUGGUGUCAGUAGUAAAACUGUAUCUUUCUAAUUUAAACAAUUCUUUCUUUAUCAAUCUUAAAUUAGGCUCCAUGAGGGCAUUUCUUGACUAUGGUCUGCUUACAUGCUAACUAUUGACAUGUCCUGUAUGCCGAUUACUGAACUUCUAAACACCUGAUUCAUAAUUUACAUCUAAUAAUGUUAUAUCUAUUUGGCAAACUGAAUGGAAAGCCUUUGUUACAAAAACGUUGGUAUUGCAGAUGUGCAGGUUUGUAUAUGUUUGUACAAUUAUCGUAUUGUUUCAAUUUAAUAUUUUACCACAAAUGUAUCAUAUAUCUUGUCAAUAAAGUCAA